GCGGGGCAGAUAAAUACCCUGAUUCUUGAAUCCUGCUCGAUCCUGAGUCCAUUUUACUUCUCCCGAUCGUUCGUUUUGAUUUCUCUGCAAAAACCAACGUAAAUUGUUCGAUUGUUUGGUUCUUCUUCAUUGUAUUUCGCUGAACAAAGCUUGGAAAGCGAUGAAGCGGAAACAGCAAGAGAAGCCUCAGGACAAUAGAGACUACGAGAAUAAUGGUGAGUCAUGGUUGAGAGGGAAGACGAUUGGCCGAGGGGGGUUUUCCAGGGUUUCUCUGGCUAUGACGAAGAGAGUCAACACACGUCGAUGCAACUUGCCGCCGAUUAUGGCUGUGAAGUGGGCGGAGAUCUUUCAAUCGGAUACGCUUCAGGAGGAGAGAGAAGUUCUGGCCGACUUAGAUGGAUGCCCUCAUAUCGUUCACUGCUUUGGCGAUGAAGUCACCUUUGGGAACAACGAGCUUUACUUUAACUUGCUACUGGAGUACGGUUCUGUAGGAUCUCUAGCCCAACAUAUAAAGAGAUCGAAUGACGGGUUACCUGAAUCCGAAGUGAAGCGCUAUACGAAGUCGAUUCUUGAAGGGCUCGUUUACAUUCAUUCUCGCGGCUAUGUCCACUGCGAUAUCAAGCCUGCCAAUAUCAUUCUCGUUCCUUCCUCUACAUUUGCCUUCUUGUCUUCCCGAAAGCGAAAGCCCAGGAGCUAUUGCUACGUUGUAAAGAUUGCGGAUUUUGGAUUAGCGAAGAAGGCUCAGCAGAAGAAAUUGAAGAGGGGUUGGAGAGGCACUCCUCUGUACUUGUCACCGGAAGUUGUUAGAGAUGGCAUACAGGAGGCCCCCGCUGAUAUAUGGGCUCUAGGUUGCACUGUGGCAGAGAUGAUAACUGGGAAGCCGGCAUUGAGUUGCAAAGUCGGUUCGGAUGUUAAUUGUGUUCUGUUUCAGAUAAGCUCUGGUUUUUCCUUGCCAGAGGUACCCAGUGAGAUGCCAGACGAGGGCAAGGAUUUUCUGAAUAUGUGUUUCGUGAAGAAUGCUGAGUUGAGAUGGACAGCGAAGAUGCUCUUGAAUCACCCAUUCAUUGCAGGAGAUGGUAUUUAAGCAUUAUAGGAGGCUCAGUUUGUGCAGGAGAUAGGUGUUUUUCGGUUUCUCCUGGAUUAAGAGGCUGAACUCAUGGUUUAUUUUUUGGGUUUAGAUACAUGUUAUUCUUUUUUGUUCUUCAUUUGGCACCAUAUUUUUUUGUGAAGUGCAAUUCUGAGAGAACCAUCUCAUCAUUGUACCCUGAAACAAAAGGCUAUCCAUGUUAUUAUUGGUGUUAAAUGAAAAAAGAAAGAAGGUGAAUUUGAAUUGUUACUUUGC